CGCACACACACACACACACACGGCCCUGCUUGUAUCUUCCUUCCAAUAGAAACUUUAUAAAGUUCACCCAUGUCCAGUUUGAGUUAGAUGGAAGUGAACACAUGUUGACGUUGCUUUCAGGCAUGUUUGAGGAGCAUGCGGACUGACUGAGUGGUCCUGACGAGAGGACCAGCUGAGCAGGGGACACUCCGCUGACAACAUGGCUGGCUGGGGCACCUUCUUCGUUUCUCUCCUCAACUACAAGACGGAGAAGUACGUGAUCGCAGAGAACAGGAAGAUCGGGAUAUUGUUUCGAAUCUACCAGCUGGCGGUGCUGGGAUACAUCAUCGGAGCGCCAUGUGUGUUCAUUAUUCCACGGCGGGUGACCAGGGCAAGGGAGGGCAGAAGUAACAAGUGGGUGUUUGUGAUGAAGAAGGGCUACCAAGAGAAGGAAGAGGCUAUCCAGUCAUCCGUCAUCACCAAGCUCAAAGGUGUCACACUGACCAACAACUCUGAGAGUGGACCUCACCUGUGGAGUGCCGAAGAUUAUGUCAUUCCACCAAAUGGCGAGCAGGUUUUCUUUGUUGUGACAAAUUACGUCGAGACCCCAAAUCAGAGGCUGGGCUUCUGUGCUGAGAAAUACAAGGUGCCGAAUGGGCGAUGUCUUAGUGAUGAUGACUGCAUCGAGGGGGAGACCGUUAUAGCUGGUCAUGGAAUUAAAACUGGCUUGUGUGUAAACAGCACCGGGACGUGUGAGAUCUACACCUGGUGUCCCGUAGAAUACCGCAAGAGACCCAUAGAGCCUUUACUGAGAGACGCUGAAAACUUCACUAUUUAUAUCAAGAAUUUCAUCAGGUUCCCAAAGUUUGAGUUCUCCAAGUCCAACGUUCUUGACACGUCUGAUGACAGUUACUUGAAGACAUGCUCAUACGAUCCCGUCACUCAUCCUUACUGUCCCAUCUUUCGCCUUGGAGACCUGGUUAAAUGGACCGGAAAUUACUUUCAGGACAUGGCUGCUAAGGGUGGCUCUGUUGGUAUUCUAAUUGAGUGGUACUGCGAUCUGGAUAAGGACUACUCGAAGUGUAACCCAGCAUACAGCUUCACCCGCUUAGAUAUGAACUUGAACAACUCGGUCACAUCAGGAUACAACUUCAGGUACGCCAGGUAUUUUAAGGAUCAACACGGGGAAACCUUUCGCACUUUGUAUAAAGUGUAUGGAAUUCGCUUUGACAUCAUGAUAAAUGGCCGGGCCGGGAAAUUCAAUAUUGUUCCUACAAUAAUCGCCAUUGGUUCUGGUGUUGCUCUCCUGGGAAUAGGAGCUUUCGUCUGUGAUAUGAUACUACUGUACAUGAUGAACACCAGCUCCUUCUACAGAGAAAGGAAGUUUGAAAUCAUCAAUUUCAAGAAAGAGCGGACCAAAGACAAGGCGGACAAGCCAGGACAACGGGAGAAGAAAUCCAGGAAAUCUGCAGCAGAGAAAGUGUCUGUGAACGCCAUCAAAACAACAGAAGACAUCGUGGGCUCGUCCGUUAACGCUGACAAGAAAUCAUCAGCGGACAAGCGGGGUCCCACCAUUCCACGCAACACGGGCCAGCGCUACACCUCCACUCUCUCUCCUCAAGGUGCAGAACCAAAGCAUCACAUCACAUUCUCUUCACUCCACUGAAAAAGACAAAACGACCCACAGUGGUGCUCUUGGUCAGUUAGGUUGCAAAAGGUGGAAGUGUUGACCUGUCGGUUCGUCCUGACUGAAGCUGCAUGGUCCGUCCACACAAACGCAUGUGUGCCAGGACACUGAUGCAUGGAACCUUGCAGAUGUUAGGGAUAAGCUGUCCUAAAUGUCAUUAUUUUACCAAACUUGGCAGCCAUUUACACAUUUAAGUCAGUCCAGCUUAUGUGCACCAGUGAAAUGAGCACAGCAGCUCUGUUAGAUAAGAAUGUACGAUAUCAGACUAGAAAUCAAUCAGCUGACGAAAACCAUGUCAAAAAACUGCCGUAUUUAAAACAUAACUUUAUUAUCACCCAUUGUUAUACCAGAAAUAAAUGUGCUUACAAGGCCUAGUUUUGAUUAUGUCGACAGCUGCUUAUGUUGAUGGCAGGAGUAUGGACAUAAACAGGUUCCGCAGUAGUCGUAGAUCAAUUUGCAACAAAGUACAUAUUUGCAGGGUGUACUAUGGCACAAAUGCAUAUAUUCAAGAAAUCACGUUUUAUUUCAGUGGAAUAUUAACAUGUUAUAAUAUAUAUAGUGUAAUAUAAUUAAUUUACUGCAAACAAUACUUCAAUAUAUUAUAUUAAAAAUUAAAUUUUUAAUAUAUUAAAAAUGCAUUUAUUCAAUUAAAAAAAAUUGCAUUUUUAAAAGAAAAGUACUUUUUUUUUAAAUUAAAAAUAUUUUUAAUUUAAAAAAAUAUUUUUUAUUAUUAUUUAAAAAUCAAACAAUACUUUUGUUAAUUUAAAAAAUAGCUUUUUUCCUUUGUGGGAAAAUCUGCCCAUUUGUGCUUUUGCUCUCCAAAAAAUAGUAUUUUUUUCAGAAACUCUUCUCAUUUACACUAGUCGUGAUUUAUAGAUCUGUUAUAAUAAAAAACGUACACAUACUCGUAUAAUACGGAGUACAGGUUAGUAUGUGUGUGGUUUGACAGGCUUAGAGCUUUAAUUUGUGCUCUCCGUCCACAGGAAAGGAGCACGAGAUGCACAGCUCUAAUACACGUGCAUGUUUUUGAUUGCAAAGUUAAAGCAUAAGCCUGCACGUCGAUUCAACCAACAUUACAGAUCAUUUUUAUUAAUUAGUGCCUUGACAUUUUACAAUGAAGAUGUUUAAUACAUGUGUGGAGCAUAUUUAUUCUAUGCAUUUGGCUUGUUAGCUUUAUUUGACAAUGAAGAUUAAAAAGAUGGGAAGGGUUGGUGUAGUUAAAAUUCAUUUAAAAAUUACAAGUCACUUUUAUUGCAAAUAUUGAUCUGACAUCAGACAAGUCAACUUCAUACUAGGGUUUGGAGGGGUGGUGCGAGCUGGCGUAGUGUAGUUACCCCAGACUGUAUUAUAUUAGUGAAAUAUAACAUAACCGGUGUCUCAAUUCUUCACGUUUAUUUACUAUUCGUGGGUGGUCUACUGUAACUUGAUGCAAUUAUAACUCAACUCCUUGUGUGCAGACUUUACGGACAAACUGCCUCCAUAUGACAGGACUAAGUUCUCUUCUUGAAAAUGCCACCGAUCCCUUAAAGGCCUACUGAAACCCACUACUACCGACCACGCAGUCUGAUAGUUUAUAUAUCAAUGAUGAAAUCUUAACAUUGCAACACAUGCCAAUAUGGCCGGGUUAACUCAUAAAGUGCAAUUUUAAAUUUCCCGGGGAACUUCCGGUUGAAAACGUCUAUGUAUGAUGACGUUUGCGCGUGACGUCAAUGGUUGAAACGGAAGUAUUCGGACACAUUGUAUCCCAAUACAAACAGCUCUGUUUUCAUCGCAAUAUUCCACAGUAUUCUGGACAUCUGUGUUGGUGAAUCUUUUGCAAUUUGUUUAAUGAACAAUGGAGACUGCAAAGAAGAAAGCUGUAGGUGGGAUCGGUGUAUUAGCGGCUGGCUGCAGCAACACAACCAGGAAGACUUUGAGUCGAAUAGCAGACGCGCUAUCCGACGCUAGCCGCCGACCGCAUCGAUGAUCGGGUGAAGUCCUUCGUCGCGCCGUCGAUCGCUGGAACGCAGGUGAGCACGGGUGUUGAUGAGCAGAUGAGGGCUGGCGUAGGUGGAGCGCUAAUGUUUUUAUCAUAGCUCGGACGAGGUCCCGUAGCUAAGUUAGCUUCAAUGGCGUCGUUAGCAACAGCAUUGCUAGGCUUCGACAGGCGGCACAGUAUUAACCGUGUAGUUACAGGUCCAGUGUUUGGUUCGGUGUCUCCUGAUAGUAGUAUUGUUGAUCUUCUGUCUAUCCUUCCAGUCAGGGGCUUAUUUCUUUUGUUUCUAUCUGCAUUUAAGCAUGAUGCUAUCACGUUAGAUCAGUAGCUAAAGUGCUCCGCCGAUGUAUUGUUGUGGAGAUAAAAGUCAUUGUGAAUGUCCAUUUCGCGUUCUCGACUCUCAUUUUCAAGAGGAUGUAGUAUCCGAGGUGGUUUAAAAUAAAAAUCCGUGAUCCACAAUAGAAAAAGGAGAAUGUGUGGAAUCCAAUGUAAGUUACGGUCAGAGCGAAAAAAGAUAUGUCCUGCACUGCACUCUAGUCCUUCAGUCUCAGGUUCCUCAUCCACGAAUCUUUCAUCCUCGCUCAAAUUAAUGGGGUAAUCGUCGCUUUCUCGGUCCGAAUCGCUCUCGCUGCUGGUGUAAACAAUGGGGAAAUGUGAGGAGCCCUUCAACCUGUGACGUCACGCUACUUCCGGUACAGGCAAGGCUUUUUUUUAUCAGCGACCAAAAGUUGCGAACUUUAUCGUCGAUGUUCUCCACUAAAUCCUUUCAGCAAAAAUAUGGCAAUAUCGCAAAAUGAUCAAGUAUGACACAUAGAAUUGAUCUGCUAUCCCCGUUUCAAUUUUAAAAAAUGAUUUCAGUAGGUCUUUAAGUAAACAAUAAAAUCAAAAAAUAUUCCACUGCAAUCAUACUCUAUGGGCUGUUUUACUAGUUUACAGUUUUUACAAACAAAAUUACUGUUGGAUAUUUUGCUUUUUUUAAAAAUAUUAAGUAGGUUACAUGCAUGGAGGUAAGUUAGACUUGCUUCAAACUGUAUGAACUGCAUUUUCAAAAUGUAGGAAUUUAUUUUGGUUAUGGUGCAUUUGUUAUUGAAUAUACAGAAUUUAUGUUAUGAGUGAUAUCAUCACUUCAGGCUUUUGCCAAGUUCCAAAAGUUCAUUUUAAACAAAUUAGAUUAAUACAGUUGGGGAACAUAAAAUUUGGUGUCUGAUAGAUUAGACAUUUUUAAGGUAGAUUUUGGUCACUGCUUGGGAAUAUGCAAUCAGUCUAUCCAUGACCUCGCUUUAUUUUAAUUCUGUUUUUUUAAUGUGCGUCGUGUCAAAAUCACCUGCUCAAAAUGAAAGUAAUAUUCUUUACAAUAGAAUAUCUUGAUGUUGUGUGCUAAAGCCCUACUGUGACAAUUUAAUUUAAUGUAUUCCUGUUUUUAUUUAUUUGAACUGUCUUUGUUGGAAAUGAAUGACUUUUUGAUGAUAAGCAAAACAUA